AUGAAGAACGUGGUUCAGCAGUUCAUUGCUUUCUCGCGUAAACACAGAAUACAUGAUCAUCAGAAACACCUGAAACGCGAGAAUCAUGCUGAAGAGGAUGCCGACAGUGACGAGGACGAGGUCAGGAUUCGGGUUUCGAACAAGCGACCAAGAAUUUCUCGGCUGAAUGAAGCUACUCCAUUUUCGACUCUAACUUCCACGUCUGUAUUUCCUAAUUCGGCUGCCACAAUCUCAUAUCCUCAAAUAAGCGGCCAUCCGAAUCCACUCGGAAAAAACAUCCAANACCCUGGCGAGGGCAGCAACUUGUCCGGUCGAAUCACUACUACUACAGAUGUUCGAAGCUCAGUGAGCACACCGCUCGGUCUUGUUCUCUAUGUUACUCGCGUGACGAUAGUUGAUCAGAACCUCAUUCUUGAGCGUGACCGCUUUGGUCUCGUCGACAACUUGUUCGAACAGGGUCAGCUCGUCGAGUCACGUAUCCAGGAACUCGUCUUCGGUAACCCUCUAGAUAACAAGCCCACUUUUCUUUGGUUCUUCGACGAUACAUCCAACGACAAACCCAGAAUCAUCAGAAACAGACCUAGUGCCGAAGUGGUGGUCGCCAUGCUAAGAGUACGCGCAGAAAGAGCACAAGCCACCGGCAUACAAGUGUUCGACGCCCCGAAUAGUGAUACAGCAGCAUUGGUGCCUGUUCACGAAGUCACUCGUAGAGACAACUUCGUGCAACGAGCAAGCUUUGAACUGGAACUCGACAUCGAUGAGGACGAUAAUGAAGUCGAAGGGACAGAGCACGAAUCCAAAGUGAACUCUGCUUAUGAGUCUAGGGAUGGAGAGCUCCAGCUGGACAACAAUUCCAUCCAGAAAGAAGUUGACAUCAAGCCUAACACCAUUUGGGAGGCACAGCAGCAGGNNCCAGUGUCGAGAGCGAGAGCGAGAGCGAGUCAGAGGAGGAAUAAGAUAUUGGAAGCUUCUGCUGACGAAGCACGAGCGAAUGUCUCUGCAGACAUGAGCACAGGGACUGCUUCUUUCGCGACAUGUACCAAUACACAAUCUAGCAAGAUACUCAAAUACUAUUCGACAGUAAUUGCAUCAUGA